UACGGGUCUAUGUUCUCUGAGUAGAGUAGUAAUAGUGAUAGCGUUAUAUGUGAAUAAUUUUGGUUACAAUAAACAGUUAUACACAAAUCGUUCCCGGCCUAGCUUUCGUUAUUUAACAGUUACUAAGAUUAGGAUGGAUGUGGAAUAGAAAACUCAGAGAAGGAUAGAAUAUGACUAGCCAGUGGAAAAUAUUAAUUUACAUUGGACAAUGGUUGAGGAGUUCACAAUGAACAAUCUUCUGCAGAAUCAUGGAGCCAAAUUUAUCUGUAAGGUUCCGGAUGGCCUGCCAGAAUUGUGCACAGAUAUUUCUCGCGAGGUUCUUCGCAAUCAACCGUUCCACACAUACAACUUUAUUGCAGAAUACGUAGAGGAUUUAGGAUUAACUAGAGAAAAUGCAAAAAUAGCAGUGAAAUUUGUUGACCACAUUAUGACUGAAAUCCAGGAUAUUGUUAAUCAUCUCAAUCGUUGUGGAUUAGAUUUGAACAGAACUGAUGGUAUUAGGCCAGUCCAUCCACCGCCAUCGCGUAUUGAAAAACUUAUCACAAAAACUUGACUAAUUCCUUACAAUAUGGGUUAGUGAUUUUGAUAACCUUUUAUUUUUUGGCACUAAUUCCGUAGAAGAUUUGACAGGACAAUGAAAUUGAUUCACAUUUUUACUGUACAAACAUCAAGGAGAACCUAGAAUAUUAAAAGAUUUUAUAUUAUAUUUGUAUAAUAUUAGAAUGGAUUAACUGCUUAUAUUCAUUUCGACUUGACUAUACUGACCCAAAUUCAAAUUACUAUGAGAAUUAAAAUCUAUAUACAUAUGUGUAAUGAUUAAUGUGAUAUUUGAUUUGACGAUUCAGAAUUUGUAUAUUUGAAUUUUGUUCACUAUUUAGAAAAUUCAAGUUUAUAUUAUUAAUCGAGGACUACUAACUUGUACCUACUUACGAUUGAUGAAUGUGAUGAUGUUCGAUAACUAUUCUCUCGGAACUAAAACAGUAACACACUAAAUACUAAAGUGUGAAUUUCCUAAUUUAUGUCCCAUGGAGACUAUAGUCUAAAACCGAAUCAAAUACAGUGGUAAAAUCUGACAAAACUUUUUUCAUUAUAUUUUCUAUGGCUUUGGAGUGAAUACCUUUUGAGAGACAAAUUCUCAGGACAUAAUGGUGUCUCAUGUUCCAAAAGCCUUUCUUCAACAUUAUAAAAAAAGCACGUAUUGUAAAUUCAUGGCUCUUGGGAACUAUCUAUAAUGAGUAUGCUUAAUAUAUCGUGAAACAAGGGUCUAUCAGAAUCAGCAGUUGUGAAAAUUGGGCGAUCGGUACAGAUAAGACACGUUGACUUCUAUGUGAAAUCGACAAUUCAUAUUUACGAAACUAACCUUUUAAGUUUCUCGUGUUCGGAAUUCACUCUCCGGGACCACUCCAAGCUCGACCCCCGAUACCUCCUCAGCAGGGAAUGUUUUGAAGCUAAUUCUCAUUCAUACCUCUAACCAGGACAGGGUUACCUACAGAAGAUGAACAGGUUUCUGCUCCAAGACCCCCGUCUGCGACAACGGAGAUAGAUCGGUCCCAUUCAUACUCCAAGUCGUGGUCGA